AUGUCCACACCACCAGAUAUAGACCCAUAUGCAGUGCUUGGUGUCGCCAAGGAUGCCACCAUCCCUGAAAUCAGGGCCGCUCACCGCAAGCGGGUUCUCAAGUGCCAUCCAGAUAAGAUUCAAGAUGAGUCGCAGCGGAUUGCUGCUCAAGAUGAAUUCCAGAAAGUCCAACAGGCCUAUGAACUGCUUUCAGACGAUGUCCGACGGACCAAAUAUGACCAAAAAGUCAAGAUAGCCGAGUUAAAGCGUGAACUGCUGGAACGCAGACGAACAGACUCUACCUACAACUCUCCGCGGGGGAGUGGAGCCAGCACUCGCGAAUUCCGCAAUGGCCACUAUAUGGAGGAGAGGGUCCCGAUAGAAGUUUUCUUUGAGGAAGAAUUACGAUUCACAGAGGAACCACGCUCCACGACGGCUCGUAAAUGCGAAGAGUUUGGCCUGCGCCCAAAGACGAAACCGACGGAAGAUAAGAAGAAGACUCGGACACCGAUGAGCACGUAUCACCAAGCGAAAGAAGAGCGAAAGACGGCCAAGGCAACACAUUCCGACCGUGAAAAGACACGCGAUCAGGAGCGACGGCGACAGGCCGAGGCAAAGCGCGAUACUUUUGGAUGUCAUGCAGAAUCCGACGAGGAUACAUCUGAUUCUAGUGUUCCCCACUACCAUACCAGACGUGCUUCCACAACGCCCCGCCGAGAGCGCGACUCACGACCCCGACCAUCGGACUCUUCACGCCGCCGUGAGCACCGUUACGGCGAGGAUGACGAUACAGACGAUCACUGGUCCAAGCUUGAUAAUCAGUACUUCAAGGCAGAGGACUAUAUCGCAUCCAAAGUCCAGGGUUCCAAGUCCCCACGACGGCACCAUGGUCACGACUCGGCGGAACCAGAGUUGUCCGGGUCGCGAUCCGCGGGACGGUCCACCCGUACCCGUCGUUCUUCAUCGCGCGAUGAUUCUUAUGAGCACCUGGAGUCGCCUCGAACCUAUGAUGUCAAGCCACCUAAAUUGCAACCCUACGCAACCGCUCCAGGUAUUAUGGGAUCUUUCCGUCCGUCAUUCCUCAGUACCCGCUCUGCAACCACCGCUGGCUUCGUUCGCCCAAAGCAGACUCGAGAAUCAACACUACACGAAAUGAGCCGUGAGCGAGUGCCAUCGCGACCUUCCAGAAUGCGCGAGCGCGAAGACUCGGGCUAUUCCAGUCCCAGUACCCCUGAUGCGCUUCCAAGGGGCAGUUCUCCCAAGACUUCAUUCCGUUACAAGGUUGUCAAGGAACCAGACCACAUCAUUGUAGAACCGAAGUCGUCAAAGUACCGCUCGGCGAGGUCUCCUGAUCGGGAGCGCAUACCCUCUACACGACAGACACCUAAGCGAAGCAGUACCUACACCACGGAAGCCUUGCCCCGUUAUGAAACUCGGUCUGCGCGCCCUUCUUCUCGUCCCCAUCCGGACGUCGAAUAUAUUCCCCGCCCGAGCGGGGAUGAUAUCAAAUACGCCAGGGCAUACAAGCGAGAUGAUGUCACUUACUCGCCGAGACGCCCCUAUUAUUCUUACUACGAAGAGGACGGCCGUCCUCCUGCUGUGGGGAGACGCCAGUCUGUUAAUUAA